AUGAAUCAAAAACCUAAUUUAUAAGAUGGUUAGGGUUUUAUUAACACUAAUAAAUUUACUAAUCAAUUAAGAAUCUUGAAUGAAUCAUCACAUUAAACACCAAGAUAAGUAAAGCCUCUUGAUUCUCCAUUUAAUAAUGCUUUCAUUAAAAAAUGUUUAACUCAAUAAUCUCAAUCUCCUAAUUAAAGAAGAAUUCUUUAUGGAAAUUUCUAAUAAAUUUUAUGUACUAAAAAGACUUGUUCUCCAAUUUCAAAAGAAUAAUUAUUUAAUUUUAGUUCAGAAAAAUAACAAAAGGAAACUAAUUAAAAAUUCAAUAAAUUUAAUAAUUAAUCAAAAUAAAAAAAAUACAGUCCUGUAGUAUAGGGAAUUUAAAGAAAUUAAAGACAAUAGAUAAAAGAUAAGUUACUUUUAAUCUCAAAAGAUUUAGACAGUACUUAAAUUAACUAAAUAAUUUAAUUAAUUUAUAAAUGA